GCUCAGUCUUUUCUUAGAAAUGUAUUACCCCCGAGGUGUACCUGCGUUUACUGUCUAUUAACACAAAGCCAGGCAGGCGGGCUUAGGUAUGUGGGCUACCAGCCGACAAACCGCAGGUCUGCAAACAAAUGUUUUACGGAGCUUUGUUUCACCGAGCGGCGUCAUCCCCGCAGUUUUUAACCGGGCUGAAGAAUUAGGUUAAAGAGGCACCUGGAGAGCGGAUCGAAAAGUGGCAUGCAGGGUGAAGAAGAAAUAAUUGGAUUGAGAUAACGCCUCACGGGCAUAAUGUUCACACUCACUGAGGUUGCGUCCUUGAACGACAUCCAGCCAACAUACCGCAUCUUAAAGCCAUGGUGGGACGUCUUCAUGGACUACUUGGGUCUGGUCAUGCUCAUGUUGGCCAUAUUUGCAAUGACCAUGCAGAUCACCAGGGACCAGGUAGCUUGCCUUCCAUGUAUGAAUGAGGCAGAGGAAACCUCAGGAGCAAAACCUGAGUCCGGCUGCCAGCAGACACCUGGGGAAGUAGCCUCAUCCAUAAGGGUCCCUGUUGGAACACUGACCCCACCGAUCACCAAGGACCUAACGGAUGAAGCUGUCCAUCAAAUUUAUGAAUCACAACCUCAACCAACAGGGGUUAAAACAAACCUGGACUUUCAACAGUAUGUUUUUAUCAACCAAAAGUGUUACCAUGAGGCCUUGCCCUGGUAUUCCAAAUACUUUCCAUACCUCACCCUCAUCCACACCAUCAUCCUCAUGGUCAGUAGCAACUUCUGGUUCAAGUACCCCAAAACGAGUUCGAAGAUCGAGCAUUUCGUUUCCAUUCUGGGACGGUGUUUUGAGUCUCCCUGGACAACAAAGGCUUUGUCUGAAACAGCCUGUGAGGACUCUGAGGAGAACAAGCAGAGGCUGACCGGCACUGCUUCAGCGCCAAAGCAGGUGUCUUUAGAGGGGAAUGAUGAAAGCACGAAUGUGAGCCCAUCCACACCCAUGCUUGGGGUGAAGUUUACUGCGGAAAAGCCUACAUUGGAGGUCCCAAGUAGCAUGACAAUCCUGGAUAAAAAAGAUGGCGAGCAGGCCAAAGCCCUUUUUGAGAAGGUGAGAAAGUUCAGAGCUCAUGUGGAGGACAGUGAUUUAAUCUACAAGCUUUAUGUAGCACAGACCAUUGUCAAAUCUGUCAAGUUUAUGUUGAUAUUGGCCUACACGUCAGCUUUUUUAAACAAAAUAAAUUUUACUCAUACCUGUAUGCCUAAUAUAAAACAUCUAACAGGAUAUGCAAAGUUCAUCUGUACGCACAACAUGGCUUUCAUGCUAAGCAAGUUGCUCAUCACCUAUGUGGCAUUGAUAAUGAUCUACGGGAUGACUUGCUUUUACUCUCUCUUCUGGGUGUUUCGGCGACCUCUGAAGGAGUACUCGUUCGAGAAGGUCAGGGAGGAGAGCAGCUUUAGUGACAUUCCUGACGUCAAAAAUGACUUUGCAUUUCUUUUACACAUGGUUGACCAGUAUGACCAGCUUUACUCCAAGCGCUUUGGUGUUUUCUUGUCCGAGGUCAGUGAAAACAAGCUGAGGGAGAUCAGCCUCAACCAUGAGUGGACUUUUGAGAAAUUAAAGCAGCUCGUUACCCGUAACGCCCAGGACAAACAGGAGCUGCACCUCUUCAUGCUCUCGGGUCUCCCGAAUGCGGUGUUUGACCUCACAGACUUGGAAGUGCUAAAAUUGGAGCUGAUUCCUGAGGUGAGGUUCACAGCAAAGGUCUCUCAAAUGACCAGCCUGCAGGAGUUGCAUCUCUCCCACUCUCCCGCCAAAGUCGAGCAGACAGGUUUUGCUUUCCUCCGCGACCAUCUCCGCUGCCUUCACGUCAAGUUCACUGACGUUGCCGAGAUCCCAGCUUGGGUAUAUUUGCUUAGGAGUUUGAAGGAGCUUAAUCUAAUUGGCAACCUGAGCUCAGAAAACAAUAAAAUGAUUUGCCUGGAGUCAAUGCGAGACUUGAGGCAUUUGAAGACGUUAUGCCUGAAGAGCAACCUCACAAAAAUCCCGACAAACAUAACGGAGCUUUCUCCACAUCUGAUUCGGUUAAUGGUGCAUAAUGAUGGUACAAAAUUGCUGGUAUUAAACAGUUUGAAAAAGAUGACAAAUCUAAUUGAAGUGGAGCUGCACAACUGUGAACUUGAAAGGAUUCCCCAUGCUAUUUUCAGCUUAACCAACUUACAGGAGCUCGACCUGAAAUCUAACAACAUCCGAACCAUAGAGGAGAUCAUCAGCUUACAGCACCUCAAGAGGCUGACGUGCCUUAAACUGUGGCACAACAAAAUAAUCACAAUUCCAUCCUCCAUCGGCCACAUCAAGUCUCUGGAGGCGCUCCACCUUUCUCACAAUAAACUGGAGACCCUGCCUCCUGCCCUGUUCACCCUGCCUAAACUGCGACACUUGGAUGUGGGCCAUAACUCCAUCUCGGUGCUUCCUCCAGAUGUGGGUCUCCUCCACAACCUCCAGCACUUGGCCAUGAACUCCAACAAGCUGGAGGUGCUGCCCAAGACUUUAUUCAGAUGCACCAAGCUUAAGGUGCGGUGUCUGGGGCACAAUGCGCUCACUACGCUGCCCGAGGCUGUGGGCCAGCUGGUCCAGCUCACUCAGCUGGAGCUCAAAGGAAACUGUCUUGACAGACUGCCCGCCCAGUUAGGAAACUGUCGUCUGCUGCGCAAAAACUGCCUUGUCGUGGAGGAGCAUCUUUUCGACACACUUCCUAUGGACGCUAAGGAAAGCAUUAGUCGAGAAACCUUUUAGCACAAAAGCCACUCGGAAUAAGGUGGCUGGCUGUAACCAUUAUUUUUGUAAUAUGCAUACAUUUCCUGUUUUAUUUUAUUUUUUUUUUUAGGCUCUCUUAGUUGCUUCUAUUUAAAUGCAGCAUGAAAAGGAUAGCUUCUGUAGUUGCAGAGAAUGUAUUAUUAUGCUUUUUUCUAGCUUUAUAAUAGAAAAUAAAAAUCCAGCUUCUAUAGACCAAAACUGCCCCAAUGACACAUUAUGUAGAUCAUUAUUGUUUUAGGUACUCAGGUAUAAAUGUAACCGUGGGAACUGUCUUUUUGCCUUAACUGCUGCUUUUUUUUUUUUUUUUUUUUUCUUUUUUUUUUUUUAAAGAGAGGGCUUUCACAAAGAACAAGCCAAAAAUGAAUAAAUCAUAAUUUCUUGUCAGUUUUUUCUUUCUUUCAUUAAAAACUUUUCCUUUUUUUUUUUUUUUUUUUGGUAGUUUAACUUGUUGAAAUUGUGUAACCUGUGUAUUUUAUUUUUCUUCAUGCAUACUCAUGUAGCUGAAAGAACCAGAGUUGUAAACUCAGGUGGAGACUGAGCACCAGAAAUGAACCUUUACCUUACUUUAGUGAAGAUUGUAUACAAAGGCCUGUAGUACUUCAUUUGCACAUGGAAACCCUAAUGAUGUAAAGAUUGUGGAUGUCCUUUGUGAUAACCUGUUCAGAGAAAUCUGAGCUGAUAAAAGGGAAAUCAGUCGACUAAUUUUUGGAAUCACGUUUUGAAAUGUUCUGUUGAACUGAUGGUCCUACGUGUCACAAUCAUGUAAUAUCUGCCUUCACUCUUCUCAGUGUUCUUCUGUGUAGGCCUGAUAUAUGUGUGUUCAGAGCUGCUGUAUCACCUCGUCGAGCCUGUGCUCAAAGUUCAUUUUUAUGGUACAAUAAAACAAGCGUCUUGAUUGACGUCCAA